AUGUUGUUCGGAAGCAGCUUCUCCUUGCUGGUGUUGGUGCUGGUGCUGCUCUCGGUGCUGUCUACAGGCAUCUCGGCGAAGAAACCAAACUUCAUCUACAUCAUCACCGACGAUCAAGAUCAUGCCACUGCCAACGAGCACAUCAUGCCCUUGAUGCACCAGUGGCUGGCCGACGCUGGUACGACCUACACGCACUUCUACACGCCCAUGUCGGUCUGCUGUCCCUCGCGCGUCGGGUUCCUGCGAAGUCAACACGGCCAUUCGCACAACGUGACCAAUGUCGUGCUUCCCUUUGGCGGGUGGACACGCUUUGUUGCUCAAGGAUAUCGCAAGGACUACUUGCCCACAUGGCUGCAACAGGCAGGGUACAACACAUACUACACGGGCAAGCUGAUGAACGGCAACACGGUGAAAAACUGGAAGACGAGUCCCGUGCAGGGUUUCAACAGAUCCGCGAUCCUCGUCGAUCCAUUCACGUACAUCUACAACAACGCCUCGUUUGCAGUCGACGGGGAAAAGCUGGUGCAGUACCCGAACAACUACAGCACCGAUCUCAUCCGCGAUUUCGGGCUGGAGUACCUCGAGCACGCCGCGCAAUCCGACCGUCCCUUCUUUAUUGGCAUUGCGCCCAUUGGUCCUCACGCCCAGACCGAGAACUCGCGCUUCACCAACCCCGUCCCGGCGGAUCGACACGCACACCUGUUCGACGAUGAGAUCACGCCACGCAAGGCCUCGUUCAACCCACUCAACGCAUCGGGUGCCAGCUACGUCAAGGACCUGGCGCGGCUGAACGCCACGGUGGUCGAGUACCUCGACGAAUGGUAUCGCGACCGUCUGCGCGCGCUCCAGUCGGUCGACGAGCUGGUCGAUGCCAUCCUGCGCAAAGCCGAGCAACUCGGUGUCCUCGACGACACCUAUGUCAUCUACACCUCUGACAACGGGUACACGGUGGGGGAGCACCGACGCCAGCCGGGCAAGACGACGGGGUAUGAAGAAGACAUUCGCGUGCCCCUCGUCGUCCGCGGUCCCGGCGUGCCUGCGGGAAAGCGCGACGACGGUGUUCACAGCAACAUCGACCUUGCCGCGACCAUCGUGCACUCGUCCGGUGCGCAGCCGAGCUACGAUCUCGACGGCCGCGUGAUGAACUGGGCCGCAGACCACGCCGCCCUCAGCUUCCGCGAUUCCGGCACGGCCACACACCACCUGAGUGAGUUCUGGGUCUCGCAGAUCGGCGGCGCGGUCGAGGGCAACUACUCGUCGCUCGGCGGCAAGAUCCUCUCCAAGUACCGCACUCUCCGCAUCAAGGACCAAGCGCACGAUCUCGCCUACACGGUCUGGUGCACGGGCGAGCGCGAGCUAUACGACAUGCACAACGACGACGUGCAGAUGCACAACCUCCUUGCCGACCUCGCCUUGUACGCUGAGCUCAACAGCACCCGCACAGAACCGCAGCGCAUCGCCUCGCGUCUCGACGCCCUGCUGCUCAACCUCAAGACGUGCUCCGGCAGCCUAUGCCGACGGCUCUGGUACAACUUGUUCCCCGAGGGCCAGGUGACGAGCUUGCAGCAGGCACUGCAGCCGCAAUGGGACGCCUACUUUGAUGCCCUACCCCGCGUGCAUUCGGACAACUGCAGAGACGGCUACUUUCCGGCCGAGGAACAACCGGCUUGGAGGAACGAGCUGGUGUACGUCGACGAGUCGCUGGUGAAGUGA